UCGAAAGACUCUUACAUGCACGUGUGUGUGUGCGCGUGCGCGUGUGCAGACAGAGGCAGCAGGGACACCUCACUGGCUGAGCUAGUUUAUCGCACAGUGCGGAGGAAUACAGUGAACCGUACAGCGGUGGUUCGGCCCGCCUCCAGCCUGCCCUGCUCCGUAACAGCAACCGUCCAUUUCCUCUCUCCCUGUAGCGCUAGCAGACCAGCGUUUCUAACUCAAACAAGCAUGGCUGACCAACUAACAGAAGAGCAGAUUGCUGAGUUCAAGGAGGCUUUCUCCCUGUUUGAUAAGGAUGGAGAUGGGACCAUCACCACAAAGGAGCUGGGUACAGUCAUGAGGUCACUGGGUCAAAACCCAACUGAGGCUGAACUCCAGGACAUGAUCAAUGAGGUGGACGCAGAUGGCAACGGCACCAUCGACUUCCCUGAGUUCCUGACAAUGAUGGCAAGGAAGAUGAAGGACACUGACAGUGAGGAAGAGAUCAGAGAGGCAUUCAGGGUCUUUGAUAAGGAUGGCAAUGGUUACAUUAGCGCAGCAGAGCUGCGUCAUGUGAUGACUAACCUGGGAGAGAAGCUGACAGACGAGGAAGUAGACGAGAUGAUUAGAGAAGCCGACAUUGACGGAGAUGGACAGGUCAACUACGAAGAAUUCGUUCAGAUGAUGACCGCCAAAUGAACUGGGCUCACAUUAAAGACAAAGAAUCAGUCAAAUGUUUCACUUACCUCUUAUUGCAAAAAUCUACAUUUAUUCAUACUGUUCUGUAUAGACAACUUAAACUGAAUGUUGGAAAACUGAAAAUCUGUCCAUAUAAACAAGCUCAAAAAAGGUAAAAGACAAAAAGAAAAAAACUUAAGUGAAUCUGCAUGUACUGGCUUGUAUUCCCCGCCCCCCCAGCGCUGAGCUGCCCAAUCAGAUCCUCUCUGCAGCUGGCUGGUUUGGCCACUGCUCCUCUGCUUCCUGGUUCCAUCUGCCUGAUGUCAUGACGAUUAUUUGGGCUGGCCAAUCGCCUUUCUUCUAUGACUUCCUGUUUUCUUUUCUGUUCUUCAUGCAUGCAGCUUUAGAUGGGUUACUGUUGUGAGCCCAGUGGCAGAGGGCUGUUGUUGGGCCUCAGGUUGGUCUGCAACCCACAGGGAGGAGGGAGGGGUUAGUUGACGGAUGGAUGGGAGCGAGUGAACCAGCAGAACCUUUGCAGUUUGCUUACCUAAAUGAAGUCAGUGACGACAGAGAUAUUUUUAAGAAAAAUAUUAAAAAGGAAUAAAUAAGAACUCAUUUUAGAUUCUGUGUUUCUGGCAUGUCAGGAUAAUCGCUUUAUCCUUUGUGUGUUUACCUUUUUUUGAGGGUGAAGCCUAGGUGGGGCGUAGAUUUGAGCCCCUCGGGCGGUGGGUGUGUCCUAGACUAUUUGGAGGGGUUGGGUGGGCUUUAAAGGCAAUGAUACACAAGCAAUUUUUGGGGCAAAAUCAAUAUCAUGAGUAUCUGUUUUUACAGGUAUUUUACAGAGAUUUGUCGAUAAGGAAGUUAAUAAGUCAGUAGUGAACUAAAAAGAGUAAAACAUCGUUAUUCCUCACUGAAUCAUGCUCGACGCAGUGUUUUGCCUCAAAUGUUGCAUGUGUAUCAUGAUUCUACGGGGUGUUCAUUUCUGAUUAGUGGGGACGGGGUCGGUGCUUUGCGGCAUUUCUAUCUAGUGUUUGUGUGUGAGUUUGCGCGUGUAAGUGUGUGUGUGUGGGUGCGGCGAGGCCCGGCCCAGUCCAACUGUUCAGUUCAGUUGAUCUGCAUUCCAAGUUGUACAUGCUAGUCUUUACAUUUUGUUUUUCCAAUAAAAUACCAUGAACUAAA